AUGUCGUUACGAAUGGGCUAUUUGAUUCAUACAAUGUUACUUAUAGGCAACUUUACCAAUGAGAAUGACGAAGGAUGUUUUGGAAUGUUUGGAUGCUACCCGGUCAACUCACCCUGGACCAGCGAACGACGACCUAUAGCACUGCUUCCGCAGCAUCCCGAAGAGCUCGGUGUUCGGUUUGUGUUCUUCAAUACGCGAAAUAGAGGGAUACCGCAGCAUUUGAACAAGUACUCCUACUAUCUAGACAUACCGGAGAUCAUAAAGGAAGCGAACAUCAACAAGGACGAAAUGGUUUACUUCAUAUCGCACGGUUUCCUGGAGAAGGGGGCUACGAAAUGGAUUGAAAAAAUGAUGAAUCGACUGUUGGACAAGGAUCCGGGAUCUACCGUAAUUGUAAUAGAUUGGGGUCAAGGGUCCAACCCACCGUACAAUCAAGCGGUGGCGAACAUAAGAUUGGUGGGAAACAUUGCUGCGCACUUCAUAAAAACGAUGAAGGAUCAACUCCAAAUGGACAAUCUGGAUAAUGUGCACAUGAUUGGCCAUUCGCUAGGCGCUCAUCUGUCGGGGUAUGCUGGCUCCACGUUGAAGAAUAAUCCGAACCUCAACUUAACGAUCGGUCGAAUAACUGGGCUGGAUCCGGCCGAGCUAGCCUUCACCGAGACGGACGUGAUGGUUCGGUUGGAUCCCAGCGAUGCGAAGUUUGUGGACGUUGUGCACAGCGACGCCACACCGUUCGUGCCAAACAUCGGGCUGGGCCUGUUCGAACCGAUCGGGCACGUAGAUUUCUACCCGAACGGGGGCUUCAAUCAACCCGGAUGUGAGCGGCCGUUCUUCAAGCAGAGCAAUCGCUUCGUCUCGGACAUGUUUCACUUCUUCAGCUGCAGCCAUUCGCGGGCGUACGAGUAUUUCACGGAAAGUAUUAUUCACCCGCUGAAGGUGGUGUCCUGCGGGUCGUACGAUCGCUACAACGCGGGCGAAUGCUUUGACUGCGGGGCGGAUAGCGCCUACUGUCUCGACUUCGGCAUGAACAGUAUUGCCGGGUACAGGAAGCUGGUGGCGCAUGGGAAAAUCAGCCCGGACAGUGACACGCCGAUACAGCUGUACUUUAGGACGGACACGAAAGCACCGUACCUGAAGCGGAAUGUUAAGUUUACCAUCAAAAUCUCCGGCACGAAAGAAAGCGUUGAGCAUGGGGCUGAGAUCGGGAAGAUCUUUUUGUAUUUUGAUGGUGGUGACAGUACCGAACCCAAGCGGAUCUACUUCAAUGAGGCUCCUUUAUUGUUCGAACCAGGACUCAGCUACUCCAGCGUCAUCGCGGUCCAUAGCGAUAGCAAACCAAUAUCCGUUAAAAUGGGUUGGGAGUAUGUGACGAAUCUGUUUAACCCGCUCACCUGGCGGCUCUUGAGCGCACCGCGUGUAUACGUCGCCCACGUGGAUAUACAGUUCCUAACGCACCACACACCACUGAAGCUGUGCCAGACGCCCAAUGUGCCCAUCUCAACCAAUGAAGUGAGCAUAUUGUCCGAGACGAAAUGCACAAAACAGAAAAGCACUGAACAGUCAGACUGGAUAAAACCGUAG